GUACAGCACGCUUGGUGUCCGGUGCCGGGACUGUCAUCGCCAUGAAAGAGAUAGGGGAUCGGAAGCUGCGCGUGGCCGUGGUGGUGUCCUUCGCCUCGGGCUUCUUCUUGGGCUGGCAGGCGUGCCGCAUGUGGAGGCGCUUCCUGAACUGGAAGAAACGGCGGCUGCAGGAACAGCUGAAAGAAACGCAGAGGCGGCUGGACUUGUACUGAGCCGCCGAGACCCUCCCCGCCCCGAGGCAGCUGCGGUGGCCGCGCCGAGGGCCUGAAGACCGGACCGGCCCGCUUCGCCUCUCUCAGUCCGGACGCUCGCGCUUCUCGAAAAUGGACAUAGAGAACUGGACAGAAACAAUUUCAUCCUGCUGCUUACCAGUUGAUUUUUAUCUUUAAAGUUUAAAAAGUUGGAUACGUUUUGAAUCUCCUUUUUUUUUAAAGGAGAAAAUAGUGCUAAGUGUCCUUAUUGGCUGAAUAGUUUCAUAGGACUGAAGAUCAGAAGAAUAAGGUUAUUUCAUCUGGUAAUAAUUGUUCUACCUGAACGAGCCAUUUUGCUCACAAGGACUUUGUGAAAAUAAGUGAGAUGAUUGUGUGUAAGAUGCUUUGAAUUUCUGAGAAGAUUCCAAAGAAGUACAGAAUGUACCUUUAACAGUAUUGUUAUUGGCAAGAAUCUUGUUUGUGAAAAAAUUUGUAAAACUGUGGGAGUUGAAGUAAUUCAAUGUUGAUUAUAUAUUUUGUAAUCUGUUCUUGACUUAAUUGGCCUGUUCCAAUGUACUGCAAUUUUUUUUUAAAGGAAAAAAGUGCCCUUGGUUAUACUAACAUAGUAAGUAAUAGUACUCUACCUCCACAAAAGAUAAGUAACUAUGUCACCUUUGGUGCUUGGGCUGUUGAGCUCAUCAGAAGGUUGUUGAACAAGGUUAUCUCUGCUGUUCUAAGGAAUCUUCCCCUUGAUGAUAUGUAUACAAAUCAUUUGUCUACUUUAAUAUGUAUUAUAAAAAUUUAAUUGAUGCCUUUUGUUUUUACAUCACAGUCAUAUCCAAAUAUACUACUUCUCCCCCA